AUGAGGUCAUCACGGUUCAUCCUGUGUUAUCCGUAUGUGGCAGCAGUGCUCGCUAAAGAUCCGGUGGCUCACCUUGUCGAUUACGGCGCAGCCAAAUCGCAAGACCUACUAGGCGUCUGCGAAAGUCCGCUAUGCUCCAACGAGCAUCCAGUUGCCAUACUAGAAGAUCCUAUUGCUGAGGAUCGCGCUCAAGCAGCGGCGUUAUGGCCUCAUGCGACGCCUUGUGCUCGGAAUGGUACCAAGGAGUUCUGCGUGUAUUCUGACCCAGAAUUUGCGGGAAGGGGUAUUGGGAUUCUUACCAGUCCAGAGCGAGCAAUUGAGAUUGCCAAAUCAAAGGUCUUCAACGAUCCGGAAGUAUCGGAAGCGAUUGAUGAAUUGAAUGCCGAGGAGAGUCCACGGUGGAUGGUUGCAGAGGUGCCAGGAAAGGGCAUGGGCUUAAUAGCGACGCAAAACCUGGAGAUGGGAGACCAUAUCAUGAGCACAUCGGCGUCGGUCAUGAUCGAUUACAGCGUCUUUUAUGAGGUCACAGAAGCCCAGCUUCUUGAAAUGCAGGCCGCGGCAGUGGAAAAUCUGCCUAAGAGGCACAGAACGGCCUUCCUCAACCUUUCCACUCACGACCAUGCUGAGAACUACCAGACACAAGUCUCAAAGGUCAUUCUCACGAACGCGUUCGACAUUCAAGAUACCGGCCUCGUCACCAAGAAGAAUGACGAUGAAGAGGAGAAUUUCUACACAGUUUUCCCAGAGAUCUCUCGAAUGAACCAUGACUGCCGGCCUAACGCCGACUAUCAAUUUGACCCAGAGACGUAUACACAGCAUGUGCAUGCAGUUCGCCGAAUAGCGGCAGGCGAAGAGAUCACCAUAUCAUACAUCGACCCGAUACAAACACAAAAGGACCGUCUGAACCGGCUGAACAACUCGUGGCAUUUUCCUUGCUCUUGUAGCGCAUGCACACAGAACAAGCACUUCACGGCAGCCUCUGAUGCUCGCAUCCAGCAAAUCCUAGAGCUUCGCAAGCAGUUGCGCAAUUGGGAUCCUUACUCUCAGGCGACUCCCUCCAUGGCCGAGCUUCUGGUAUCACUGUACGAAGAGGAGAGGUUAUGGUCCAAUCUCUACGAGGCCUAUACGUACGCAGCCAUUGAGUACAACGGGGCGGGCGACCCGUGGAUGGCGACCAAGUAUGCAAGGCUCGCAAUUCACCACGGACUGGCCGUUGGUGGACCGAAGGAUUCUGAUGUCAUUGAGAUGACGAGCCUGGCGAAGGACCCUUGGGAACACUGGUCUUGGAUGCUGAGGACUAAAAAGCGUAUGAACUGGGGCGCCAAGGUAGACGAAUGA